AUGAGUCAGCCGCUUUCCCAGCAGGAUUACAAUAGCUUGCUCUCAUGCCUGCUUAAUGCACUGAACCCGAAUCCCGAGGUGCAAAAACAGGCAGAAGCUUACCUUCAGUCUCUCGAUAGCCGACCGGGAUUCAGCUCAGCGCUAGCUGAAAUCGUGAGCAAUCGCGAGGCAGACCACAGCGCACGCUACUUGGCCUCGGUCCAUCUCAAAAACAGCGUUCACAGGAACUGGAAGAAGCGAGUGUCGCAUGCCUCCAUCUCACCUGAGGAGAAAGCCCAUUUGCGAGCCACGCUCUCGAAGCUCAUCCCACAAGAUGACAACCAGAACCACCACCGCCCACCGAUCAUCUACCGAUUAUCCUCCACGAAGGGUCUGGGGGUGCUGCUUACGAACGCGGGCAGCACGGGCCCCACCCUGCAUCAGCGCGCGAUCGCUGUCCAGGUUGCGCUGGUGUACGCCAAGGUGGCCAGGUUCGACUACCCCGCCGAGUGGCCGGGUCUAUUCAGCGACCUGAUGCUAAACCUGGGCUCGGCUAACCCCCUCACAGUGCGAAGGGUGUACCUGAUCCUGCACCACGUGCUCAAGGAGCUCUCUUCAAAGCGCCUCGUCGCGGACCAAGCCAAUUUUGCGCAGGUGACUGAGCUGUUGUUCGGCCACGUGUGGGGCCAGUGGUGCUCUGACACGCAGCUGCUGCUGAGCAGCCUGCCCGCGGGGCUGGAGAGCGCCGCACCGCCGCAGCCGCUGCUGCAGAGCUGCGAGAGGUGGAUGCUGCUGCUCAAGAUUCUCCGGCGGCUCAUCCUGCAUGGCUUCCCCUCGGAUGCCCGCACCCUCGCUCCCGUGGCCGCGGCUCACAGCUGCUGUCCCCAUAUGGGUCUGUUGGAUGCUCGUCCCCGCGGCCGCGUCCUUCCUCGCUCCCACCUGCAAGCCAUGUUGGAGCGGGCCAUUCUCAAGCUGCUGAAGACACUGGCGCAGGUGCUGGAGGUGCACCCCUGGUCCUUCCAUGGUGCGGGUGUGUUACUUCCGACCAUGGACAUGUGCACGAACCAGCUGCUCGAGGCGGCAGCUGGGGGCCAGGGGAGCGCCGGUGCCGCCGGGGGAACCACAGAGCGGGUCAGUGGCAGCGGCAGUGGCGGGGGUGGGGGUGGGGGGGCAGCGGGCAGCAGCCAGGAACGGCGGCUGACGCAAUGCUGCGCGUUGCUCGUCACCGUCAUGUCGUGCAAGUCGUACAAGGGAUCCACGGGCUCGUUGGACACGUCGGGGCAACCACGGGACACCAGCCGGGUCAAGCAGAUGGCGGCGGAAGUCCGAGCUGCCCUACAGAACUUCUGGGCAGCACCUGUGGCGGCAGGGGGGCCAGCAGCAGCAGCAGGCUGGGCCGCGGGAGGGGUGUGGGCGGCUGGCAGUAGCCGUCUGGUAGCGUUGGUCGGCGCGUUGGUCUGUCGCCACAUGGUGCUGUCCAAGUCCGAUCUGGAGCAGUGGCGGGACUCCCCUGAGGAGUUCGCCCACUCGCACGCCGGGGGGGCCUGGCAGGACAGCCUGGCACUGGCGGCGGAACAGCUUUACCUGGCGGGGGCGCCCCCGGGCACCCCCGCGGAUAGCCUGGGCGGGGAGAGGCUGGUGGGGGUGCCCAUGCAGAUUCUCCACAAGGACUCUGUGUACGGCGCCCUUGCGGCCGGGGCGUACGAGCUGCACGACUACCUGGACUUCCGAGCCUGGCUUACUGGAAGCCUGCUGCAGGCACGGCACGCGCGCUUGUGUGAAGUUGGCGAUGUGGGUCCCGCCAACAAGCCUAUUCGGCGGCGUAUCGGACUGGUGGUGGCGGCCAACGUGGACAGAGUGGAGCAGGAGGACCCUGUCAGGCCGGCCUUGUACGGCGCCAUGCUGGGUCUUAUGUCGGAGCCUGACGCCGCCGUGGCGCUGUCCGGCAUCGGCGCCCUUACCGCGUUGGUGGGCGACUUCUCCUUCACGGAGAGCCCCUUUGCUCCGCUGCUGCCCAGCUGUCUGCAGCUGCUGCUGCGGCUUAUGGGGGGCACUGAGGACUUGGACACACAGAAACAGGCCUUUGGUCUCCUGAAUCUGGUCAUUCAGCGGUGUGACGAGACCCUGGCUCCGCACGUGAUGCCCCUGGUUUCGGCGCUACCGGCUUUGUGGGAGCGCGCAGCGGGACAGACACUGCUGCGGAUACAGAUCAUGGAGGCAGUCCAGCGGCUGGUGAACCUGACUGGCUCCGAGUCCCCCGCGCUGUACCCCUUGGUGAUGCCGCUGCUGGGCUACAGCCUGGACUUGGGGCAGCCGGAGGUAUCUGAGGGGCUGCUGGAGGACGGCUUGGCUUUGUGGCUGGUGGCACUGAGGAACGCACCAAGCUGCUGCGAACCAGAUCCAGCAGCAGCGGCGGCAGCUGGCGGUGGUGGUGGUGGUUGUAGUGGCGGUGGUCCUGGCGGUGGUGGUGGUGGUGGCGGUCCAUUGGCGGUACCGUCACCCCCGUCCCCGGCGGUGGCGGCUCCGUGUCCUGUCCGUGUGGUUCCCGGUCGCGAGGGCACUCUGCAGGCACUGCUGAGUCCCUUCCCUGCUCUGGCGGUCAUUGCGGAGGCGUCGACGGAACACCUGCCGCUGGUAUCCGCCAUCCUGUCCAGCGCAGCCCUGGUUUCGGGGCCGAUGCUGUACAGCGCAGUGGGGCAGCACGUGCUCGCGGUGCUGCUGGCGAUUGUGGGCAAUGUUAGUGAGCGGGGCAUGUUGUUGAUCCUGCCCACCUUGGAGGCGAUGUUGAGCUCGGCCCCCCAGGCAGCCGCCACCGCCCUGCAGCCCGUGCUGACACGGCUGGUGGGCAUGAUGCUGGGAGGAAAGGAGUCCAGUCUGGUGGUGUCCAACUCCUGGCCGGUACUCGCGCGGAUGAUACUGGUGGCGCCGCAGCAGUUCGGGGAGGUGUGUUCUGCAGUGGCGGCGGCGGGGGCGGCGGCGGGAGGGGGAGGGGGAGAUGCGGGGGCGCUGGCGGCGGCGGUUGGCUGCGGGCGGGAGAGCAUCCCCGCUGAUCUAGCUCCCAGUGAGGUGGUGCUGUGGCGGCUGCUGGAGCUGUGGGCGGAGCAGUUCGACUCCAUAGGCCAGGCGGGGUCCAGGAGGUUGUGUGCCCUGGCGCUGUGCCGGGCUCUGGCCCUACCCAGCCGGGUUCCGCUGGGGCUGCUGGAGGUGCUACUGCCCGCAGUGACCGCAGUUUGGUACGAGACGGAGGGCGGCGGUGGCGGCGGGUUCGCGGCGGAGGGCGGGAUGCCGCUCAGCUACGACUUCUUCUCCGCGGGGGCCCUCCAGGGCGCGGGGGAGGAGGGCAUGGAGAGGAUUGCGGGACCCGCACUUGACUCGGAGGAGGCGGAGGGGGAGGUGAACCGCCGAGCGCAGUCACGGGAGGCAGACCCCGCCUCCUACAUGCGAGUAGGGCCUUCUCUGCGGGAUGGCCUGGCUGCGUGUGCCGCACUGCAUGGGCCCUCCCUGGACGCAGCACUGGCUAGGUUGGACGAGCAUGUCAUGUCGGCGGUACGGACAGCCACUUCUGGAGGCGGUGUAUGUCCGUACAGUCUCAAGGGGUACUCCCUGGUGGGGGAUAUCGUGGCGGCGGACGGACAGCCCUCGACCUGUGUAGCGGGGCACUUUGAGGAGCACUGCUCAGCGACGGCAGAUCCGUCGCCGCCGACGUAG